AUGUUACUAGGCAACAUAUUAAGUUUUUGUGAGACAUUUUAUGAGGCUGAGAGAGUUAAAAUGAAAAGGUCUAUGGCUUUAAUUAACAGGCUUCACAAAAGAGUUUUAUCUUUUAAGAAUGUGCCACCACCACAUUCCGAGGAGAGGGAUUAUUCUGGUAGGAGAAAUUUACCAUUAGAUGGUAAAUUGUUGGUGCAGGAUGCUCUUGAUAUAAUUAAAGUGAAUGUUGAUAAGAUUAAAAGUGGUGUCAAAUACUUGUUGAAUUUUGAAACUAGAUGCAAAGAAUUCAAAAACUUUGUUGAUGAAGAAGUGUGGCCUAGAUACACCGAGGAAAAUGGUACAUUUCUCAUCUUUUUUCCUGAGACAAAUGAUUGGGAAGAUGUUCAUGAUAUUUGCAAGUUUUUAGAGGUUUUUGCUUAUGUUACAUCAAUUAUAAGUGGCACCUCUUACCAUACUGCUAAUCUGUUUUUGGCUGACAUUUACAGGGUGACAGUUCUACUUGAUAAACCUUCAAGCAUUUCAAAUAAUCCUCAAGUGCAGACGCUUGCUAAUAAAAUGAAGUUGAAAUAUGACAAGUAUUGGCCAGAGUCUAAUACAUUGCUUUCUUUUGGUGUAGUUCUUGAUCUAAGUUCCCUCUUCCAAUUGUAUCAAGAUACCUAUGAAACCAAUGAUGAGAUUGCCCCUGCUGUAUCUGAAAGUCCAGAAGUAGGACCUAUUUAUGGGUCGGGAAGGAGGAAUUUUGAGAGGUUUUUAGAAAUUAUUGUGGCCAAUUAUCCUGUUCUUAGUAAAUUGGCAAAGGAUAUCCUAAUUGUUCCAGUUAUUACUGUUGCUUCAGAAACAACUUUUAGUGUUGGAAAAAAGAUUAUUGAUCCGAAACAAUCAUCUAUGAAAAUUAAGACAGUAGAAGUGCUUGAGGAACCACAAGAUGAACCUUUGACAUAUCAUUUUGGUGAAGAUCCAGGUGUCGCUUCUUCUACAACUACAACUUGA